AAGGAUUGCUAUAUGCUUAAUAUUUUAAUAUUGAGUGACUUAAACUAUAACUCGAGGGAGGGGAAUUAACUAUAACUCGAAUACCAAAACCAAUUUCCAGUUUCCCAGCAUCCCUGUGUUCAUCUCUUUUUCUUUUUUGGUCGAAAUCUCUUCCCUCCUGCAGUUUCUUCUCUAGGCGGAGCUGAUGGGUCGGCCACCGAGCAACGGAGGUCCUUCUUUCCGAUUCAACCCUACCGAGGUUGCUGAGAUGGAGGCUGUUUUGCAAGCACACCAUACUCAAGUGCCUGCUCGUGAAGUUCUUUUGUCUCUUGCUGAAAAGUUUAGUGCUUCAUCCGAGAGAUCCGGAAAGUUUGUGGUUCAGGUGAAACAAGUAUGGAAUUGGUUCCAGAAUAAGCGAUAUGCUAUCAGAGCAAAAACAUUUAAGGCUCCCAAUAAAGUUCCUGCUCAUGUCACGCCUCAAAGUGAACCAACUAUUGUAAGAACAAUUCCUCAAGUUCCCCAACCUUGUCCUCCUCUUUCAGUCACAGCAAGACCAUUGAUCCAUGCUCAACAAGGAGCUCAACCCAUUGCUGCCCCUUCAGCAAGUGGCGGUAGGAAUGGGUUGGAUAAUGUUCAAAUGGAGUUUGAAGCCAAAUCUGCAAGGGAUGGUGCAUGGUAUGAUGUGGCAUCUUUUCUCUCGCAUAAAUCCAUGGAAACUGGAGAUCCGGAAGUUCUGGUUCGAUUUGCUGGGUUUGGAGCAGAAGAGGACGAGUGGGUUAAUGUUCGCAGAAAUGUUAGGCAGAGGUCUCUUCCCUGUGAAUCAUCAGAGUGUGUAGCAGUUCUAAAAGAAGAUCUAAUCCUCUGCUUCCAGGAAGGUAAGGAGCAGGCUCUUUACUUUGAUGCACACGUCCUGGAUGCUCAAAGGCGAAGGCACGACGUUAGAGGUUGCCGCUGCCGCUUCUUGGUCCGCUAUGAUCAUGAUGAAUCCGAGGAAAUUGUUCCUCUGAGGAAGAUUUGUCGUCGACCUGAAACUGAUUAUAGGUUGGAGCAACUAAAUGCUGAUUCUUCUGCAACAAUGAAGCAGCGAAAAGGCAGUACUGAUGCUCAAACAGCCAACAACGCAUCACCGGUGGUUGUUGCUCCACCAGCUGAAACAGUAAAGAGACCACCACCACCACCAGCCACCACCAUAUCAACCUGCAAGCGAACUGAAACAAUGGCAAAAAAGAUGAAGACGGAUGAGCUUGUGCCCACAUCAGCCGAAGUUCAUUACUCUGACUCUUCAUUGAAGGAGCAGCAUGAAGCUGUGAAACAACAACAAACAACUACGAAUCAAAUUUGCAAUAUCAUAAAGGUAUAUCCCCCGGGGGAACCACAAAAACCUUCAACUGAGUUUGUGCCAAAGGCUGAACUGACGUUAUUGACCCCAGCUGAACCAACGUUUGCACCUCCACCUGAACCAACAUCAAUAAUUCCAGCUGAACCAACAUCAAUAAUUCCAGCUGAACCAACAUCUAUAAUUCCAGCUGAACAAAAGCCAAACCCUGCAUCUGAAAAUACUGAGAGCUUAGCUGCUGCCAUAUGUUCUGUCCCCACACCAAAUCCAAUUGAGACAUCUGAUGAGCAGCUUCAUCCAGAGAAGGAUGCAACUAUUGCUGCACCAAAUCCGGAGACAACAGAUAAUCAACUUAAUCCAGAGACAACUGUGACUCGGAUUGCUGCUGCUCCUGCUAGUACUCUUCCCAUGUCAAACCCAUUAGAGGCUACAGACGAGUGGCUUAAGGCAGAAUAUGAUUCACAUGCAUCUGUUGUUGGAAAUGAAAACCAAGAUGUAUUUUCGAGGCUACAGCUUAAUCCAGAGAAUGAUGCAAAUGCCGCUGCAUCAAAUCCAAUUGAGACAACAGAUGAACAGCUUAAUUCAAAGACAACUGUGGUUUCGAUUCCUGCUUCUUCUCCUCCCAUGUCAAACCCACUAGGGCAUGAUUCACAUGCUUCUUCUGGUCAUCCGGAUGCAUCUAGUGUUGCAAAUGAAAACAAAGAUGUAUUACUGAGGCCACAACAUGAAAACAUUGCUGCACCAAAUGCAUUUGAGACAACAGGUGAGCAGCUUAAUCCAGAGACAACUGCAGCUCUGAUUGAUGCUAUUUCUACUGGUACUUCUCUUCCCAUAUCAAACCCAAUUGAGGCUAAGGCAGAGGGUGAUUCACAUGCUCCAGAUGGUCAUACAGAGGCAUCUGUUGUUGCAAAUGAAAACAAAGAUGAAAUACAGAACAAUGCCGAGAAUGGCCGAAAUGGGAACACUGGGAUUUCAGAGACCCCCAUUCGAAAUGAUGCUAUGUUUGCAAGUCACGAGGCUAUGGAUUAUGCUUCUGAUGGUGCCAUGACUUGUAGCACUGACAUGCUUGAUGUUGUUUGUGCCUCUGGUAGUGACUAGUAAGCAGCAAUAAUAGUUAUUUGUUCUCAGCUCUCCAGACAAGAUUUAUGUUAACUUGUAAAAUUUACUCCAUCCUUCCGACUUCAAUUGUUUUGUUUUAAAAUUAGGACACUCCUAAAAUGGUUUUAGGGAAUUGAUAGCUGCACCCUUCUAAAUACUAAACUCACUCUUUUGUU